CUUCUGGGUUGCCGCGGUCGAGGCGCUUGAGGGGAGAAGAGCCAUGAUCGACCCGCAGAAAAGGAAGGCCCCUGGCCCGGACAUGGCCUUGGUGGCGGCGGCGGCGGCGGCGAAGAAGCCCCGGCACGAGCUCAUUUUGGGGCCGGGCCCUGGGGCCGGGCAGCCCCCUCCGGGCGCCUUACUGCAGGCGGGGCCCCCAAGAUGUUCCUCUCUUCAGGCUCCCAUAAUGUUGCUUUCAGGGCACGAAGGAGAAGUUUACUGUUGCAAGUUUCAUCCCAACGGAGCCACUUUAGCAUCAGCUGGAUUUGACAGGUUGAUAUUGCUAUGGAAUGUGUAUGGUGACUGUGAUAAUUAUGCCACUCUGAAAGGGCACAGUGGAGCAGUUAUGGAGCUUCAUUACAACACUGAUGGCAGCAUGCUAUUCUCUGCCUCCACGGAUAAAACAGUAGCAGUGUGGGACAGUGAGACAGGAGAAAGAGUGAAAAGACUCAAAGGACAUACAUCAUUUGUAAAUUCCUGUUACCCAGCGAGACGUGGACCUCAGUUGGUUUGUACAGGCAGUGACGAUGGGACAGUAAAGUUAUGGGACAUCAGGAAAAAAGCUGCUGUUCAGACAUUUCAAAAUACCUAUCAAGUAUUAGCAGUGACCUUCAAUGAUACCAGUGAUCAGAUCAUAUCUGGAGGCAUAGACAAUGAUAUCAAGGUAUGGGACCUUCGUCAGAACAAGUUAACUUAUACAAUGAGAGGACAUGCAGAUUCUGUCACUGGUCUCAGUCUUAGUUCAGAAGGCUCUUACUUGCUUUCCAAUGCAAUGGACAAUACAGUUCGUAUCUGGGAUGUUCGGCCCUUUGCUCCUAAGGAGAGAUGUGUGAAGAUACUCCAAGGAAAUGUGCAUAAUUUUGAGAAAAAUCUCCUACGAUGCUCCUGGUCACCAGAUGGAAGUAAAAUAGCUGCUGGAUCAGCAGACAGGUUUGUUUAUGUCUGGGAUACGACCUCCAGAAGAAUCCUCUACAAGCUGCCAGGCCAUGCCGGUUCAAUAAAUGAAGUUGCUUUUCAUCCAGAGGAGCCAAUUAUACUUUCUGCAUCUAGUGACAAAAGGCUGUAUAUGGGAGAGAUCCAGUGAGGAUGAACAGAAGAUGGCUGGUGCUGAAUGCUUGGUUUUACAGAAUUGGAUUUGUUCUAACCAAAUUGAAUUGCUCUGUACAGUGGAAAUAAACAACAGCAGCUAUGUUCCCUUGCACACAGUUAAAUAUUAACCAUCUGUGUUUCUGAGGAGCCAUUCCUGAAUUCUUGGCUAUGUACAUGGAAGAUUAAAAAGGCUUAUGGACUAGAGUCACUAGGGUUUGAAAUGGAUAUACAGAUGUCUUGUUUUAGCCACAAAAUGUGCUUCUGAUUCAUUACUGUAUUCAUUUGACCUCUGCAAAUGUGGGAGGGAUGUUUAAUAUUGUAUGUUUCCUAUCAGGUUGGUUUGUCAUUUUUAUACUGAAAAAAUAAUCUAAUACCUUGUAAAA